UGACAGUUGACGCACGGAUUGAAAUGAAAAGUGAAUUUUCCUACAUUGCCUAUUGAGAGCAACAAAGACAUUUUUUUGUUAAAAUAUCAACAAAAAAUACAAUAAAAAAUAUUUCCCACCAAAUCUAAAGUGAGUUAACAACUUCCGUUCAGUGUUUCCCGAAGUUUUUUCCGUAUUUUUUAUGUGAAAACACAUAAAAUCGUGUCGUGUUUGUUGGUGAUAAAAAUAUUAUUAAAUAAUUUUAUCGUUAUUCUACAAUUGUGUGUGUUUGGGCGGCCUAAUUAAAGGUCGACAGCAUUGUUGAGGAUUCUGUGGUGCUUAUAACAUAACAUACAGUAUGGACUGGACAGGCAGUGCAGUUUUGUGAUAAUAUUACUAAAUAGCAACAUUAAUAUAUCAACAUGUCUUCCACAUUUGAAACAACGGAGAUGCUGGAGAAAACUCCUGCAGAGUCGAGCGCGGAGCUGGUGGCGGUCCGGGUGCCUAUAAAUGGCAUGACCUGCAUGUCCUGCGUGCGCAGCAUCGAGGGUUCCGUCAGAGAACUGCCUGGCAUCGCUUAUGUUAAGGUGGAGUUAUCAGAAAACGCAGGCUACUUCAGAUAUGAGCCGCGCACUAUCUCGGAGGAGGCUAUCCGGUCUCAUAUAGAAGACAUGGGCUUCGAGGUGCCUACUGACACCACGGAGCACGAAACCAGAAACCUGUUACCCAAAGAGAUACCGACAGACCUGUUGAUCGACAUGUCAGGUACCGGCGAGAUGGACGAGCAGGAGGUGCUGCUGUCAGUCGUCGGCAUGACCUGCCAGUCCUGUGUCAAUACUAUUGAGGGCGCUCUCCGCGAGCUGUCGGGCGUGCGAUCAGUAUCGGUACGUCUGGCAGAGGGCACGGCGCGGAUACGGUACGGCCGCGGCACGACCACGGCGCGGCAGCUAGCGGACACCGUGUACGCGCUCGGAUUCUCUGUUACUGUGCUAGCUGUGGACGGGGAUCAGUAUACAGAAACGACUUCACAGAGCAAGAGCGAGGAAGGAUCAGGCGAUGGAGCGAAACCACCUUCUCCGGUCAAGAGUAGGGCACAAGUUAAUGGUUCCCCACCGGUGGCGGAGGGCGAGACCUCUCGCUGUACUCUCGAGGUCCGCGGCAUGACGUGCGCCUCCUGUGUCGCCGCUAUAGAGAAACAUGUGCAGAAGUUGUACGGUGUCCACUCCAUCCUAGUAGCUCUACUGGCAGCCAAAGCAGAAGUGAAGUACUCUCCAGCGAAGAUAUCGGCGGCAGACAUCGCCAACUGUAUCACCGAACUUGGCUUCCCGUCCAGUGUGAUUAGUGACUGCGAUGGAAGCGGGCAGAAGGAUCUGCAUGUUGCUAUAAAAGGCAUGACCUGCGCGUCGUGUGUGAACAAAAUUGAGAAGAGCGUGCUCAAACUGACCGGAGUCGUAUCCUGUACCGUCGCGUUGACUACCUGCAAAGGUAAAAUAAAGUACAACGCGGAGCAGAUCGGCCCGCGGUCUAUCUGCGAAGCUAUCAACAGCCUCGGGUUCGAAGCCAGUGUGGUGACGCCGCACAACAGGGGCACUACUAACUAUUUGGAACAUAAAGAAGAGAUAAAGAAAUGGCGCAACGCGUUCCUAAUCUCCCUGCUCUUCGGCGGUCCCUGCAUGGUGGCCAUGGCGUACUUCAUGGCGACCAUGUCCCACGGACACAGCGCCAAGGACAUGUGUUGUGUCGUGCCGGGGCUCAGUCUCGACAACCUCAUCAUGUUCCUGCUUUCCACUCCCGUGCAGUUCAUAGGCGGCUGGCAUUUCUACAAGCAGGCGUACAAAGCGCUGAGACACGGGACUUCCAACAUGGAUGUACUUAUAUCCAUGACUACUACUAUCAGCUACGUGUACUCGCUGGCGGUGGUGAUAGCGGCGAUGGCGAUGCAGCAGGACACCAGCCCGGUGACGUUCUUCGACACGCCGCCCAUGUUGCUGGUCUUCGUGUCCUUGGGAAGGUGGCUCGAGCAUAUCGCCAAGGGCAAGACUUCGGAAGCUCUAUCGAAGCUGCUCUCCCUGAAGCCUACAGAAGCGGUGCUGGUGACGCUGGAUGACAAUGGACAUCCGAUCAGCGAGAAGAGUAUACCUGUCGACCUGGUGGAAAGGGGGGAUGUGCUUAAGGUAGUACCAGGCGCCAAAGUGCCGGUGGACGGUAAGGUCCUCAUCGGACAGAGUACUUGUGACGAGUCCCUGAUUACUGGGGAGUCUAUGCCUGUGCCGAAGACUAAAGACUCGCUAGUAAUAGGCGGCAGUAUAAACCAGCACGGCGCCCUGGUGGUGACGGCGACCCACACCGGGGAGGCCAGUACACUGGCGCAGAUCGUGCGCCUGGUGGAAGAUGCCCAGGCCAGUAAGGCUCCUGUGCAGCGGUUGGCUGAUACUAUUGCUGGGUACUUCGUCCCUCUAGUAGUGUUCCUAUCUCUGCUGACUCUCAUUUGUUGGCUAAUCAGCGGAGCACUGAACAUUGACAUCAUCAAGCAGAUUACACCGCCGAUGUACGUGAACGCGGGCUACGCGGACUGGGAGCUGAUCGUGCAGAGCGCGUUCCACUUCGCGCUGUCCGUGCUGGCCAUCGCGUGCCCGUGCGCGCUGGGGCUGGCCACGCCCACCGCCGUCAUGGUGGCCACCGGGGUCGGCGCCAAGCUGGGGCUGCUCAUCAAGGGGGCUGAGCCCUUGGAGAAUGCUCACAAGGUGAAAACGGUGAUAUUCGACAAGACGGGUACGAUCACCCGCGGCAGUGCGACGGUGGCCAAGCUGUCCCUACUCACCGGCUCCGCCAAUACACUGGGUUCGGUGCUCGCCUGUCUACUUACUGCUGAACUCAAUUCCGAACAUCCAGUGGCUUCCGCAAUAGUCCGUUGGUGCAGCGCGGCGCUGGGCGGGCACAGCGGUCUGUCGUGCGUGAGCUUCGUGGCGGCGCCGGGCUGCGGCCUGCGCGCGCGCCUGCGCCCCGCCGCCGCGCAGCCCACCAACCUCGUCAACUUCAAUAACCAGCCCAGGUCAGGCACCUCAUUCCUAGUAGAAGGCGUGCCAGUGGAGGUAGUGUCCCCGGGCGGGGACGCGGCGCUGAGCUCGGCGCAGGCGGCCGCCAGCCUACACAGCCUCAUCCGGACCGACCAGCCCAGCGGGGGAGAGGACGUAGAACAAGUAGUAUUAAUCGGCAAUCGGGAGUGGAUGUCGCGUAACGGAGUGACGGUGCCGCGCAGAGUACAGGAAGCUAUGCAGCAGGAUGAGGAGCUCGGCAGGACCGCUGUGCUAGCCGCUAUCAAUGACCAGCUAGUAUGCACAAUAGGCGUGGCGGACGAGGUGAAGCCGGAAGCCCACCUGGCGGUGUACUGCCUCAAGAAGAUGGGCCUGCAGGUCUGUCUGCUGACGGGAGACAACAGGAAGACCGCUGUAGCUAUAGCCAGACAGGUAACCUUUAUAGCUCUUUGCCCGACUGUACCAAUAGAGUUAUGUGUGUGGUACUGCCUCAAGAAGAUGGGCCUGCAGGUCUGUCUGCUGACGGGAGACAACAGGAAGACCGCUGUAGCUAUAGCCAGACAGGUGGGCAUAAACAAAGUGUACGCGGAAGUGCUACCCUCCCACAAGGUGGCCAAGAUACAGAAGUUGCAAGAAGAGGGGCAGAAGGUGGCCAUGGUGGGGGACGGGGUGAACGACUCCCCAGCGCUGGCCCAGGCCGACGUGGGCAUCGCUAUCGCUAGUGGGACUGAUGUCGCUGUUGAGGCUGCUGACUUGGUACUGAUGAGGAACGAUCUACUAGACGUGGUAGCAUGUCUAGAAUUAUCCAGAACGACAGUGCGAAGGGUUCGCCUCAACUUCCUAUUCGCGAGCGUGUACAACUUGCUGGGCAUACCGUUGGCCAGCGGUGCGUUCGCCAUGUUCGGGUUGCAGUUACAGCCGUGGAUGGCGUCAGCAGCGAUGGCGAUGAGCUCCGUAUCCGUCGUCUGCUCGAGUUUAUUAUUAAAAACUUUCAAAAAACCAACACUGGAACAGCUGCGGACGACGGAGUAUCUUCAAUCCAUUCACUUAGAGGAGCUAGACUCGGUGUCCGUCCACAGGGGGCUCGACGAACGGAUAGACCCCAGCGAGAGGGGGGCGUCCCCAUUGGCCAAACUCUUCCACCGCAGCAAGCCGGCUGAGGGCUGCUUACUCCAAGAAGAUGAUGAUCUGAUGACCGUCUCCUUCAUCCCCAAGAGGAGACAGGAGCCCAGCAUCAACGGAUGAUCUUACUCCGACGGUGGGCACACGUCCCGCGGUUAGAUCAGUUUAGAGUUUCAUUUAGAGCUGCGAUAGAUGGCGUUGUUAUCAAGUUUGGGAUAAAGUAUAAAAAUUGUGUCUGGUGUAUGGUAUUAGGUUUGUCUCAUAACGUAAUUGGUGAAAAGUGGGUGUUAAAUCAUAUUUAUGCUUAACCUACAAUUAUCCUGAGGGGG